GCUGCACUUUUGGAGCAGUGCAGCAGCAGCAGGACACACAGAGAUUUAACUCACCUGCAGAGAAGAAGUCGUUUUUCUUUCUUUUCUUUUUAUCUUUUUUUGUGUGUGUGGAGGGAAUGGUGCGCAGCCUGCUGCCCUCCAGGAUGGAGCAUGUAUGGGAUUGUUCUUCUUAUGGGAUGUUUACGCUGGGGAUCCUGUCUGCGCUCCUGCCGGCGCCAAACGGAGUCUGGAGUUUUAACCUUUACGCGCAACAUCCCACGGUUUACAGGGGACCUGCUGGAAGUUAUUUCGGUUAUUCUGUGGACUUCUAUCAAGAUUCCACCGACAAGAACACCAGGGUCAGUGUGCUGGUUGGAGCUCCCAAAGCCAACACCUCCCAGCCGGGCAUCGUGGAGGCCGGAGCCGUCUAUUACUGCCCUUGGCCCGGGACGCCUGAAAGCUGCCGACAGCUCCCUUUUGACAAUACCAAUAACAGAAUGAUAAAGGUGAACGGCACCAGAGAGCCUCUGGAGUUUAAGUCGCACCAGUGGUUCGGAGCAACAGUCAGGACACACAAAGGAAAAGUGGUGGCGUGCGCUCCUCUCUACCACUGGCGGACAGUGAGGGUAGACGGGGAGAAGGACCCUGUGGGGACCUGCUAUGUGGCUGUGCAGAACUUCAGCGCCUACGCAGAGUACUCACCCUGCAGGACCAAUGAUCCAGACCCAGAGGGGCAGGGAUUCUGCCAGGCGGGUUUCAGCGUGGAUUUCACCAAGGAAGGAAGGUUGGUUGUAGGAGGGCCUGGAAGCUUUUACUGGCAAGGUCAGGUGAUGACAGCAGGGAUCCCUGAGAUUCUGAAUGGCUACUCUUUAAAAGCCGUACUCAGAGAAAUUCCAGGAGAGAAGCAAACUGCUGCAGCUGAAGACACAAACGACGACAGUUACCUCGGUUACUCUGUGGCGGUGGGAGAGUUUACAGGAGACUCAGAACAAGAACUGAUAGCUGGAGUUCCAAGAGGAGCACAGAACUUUGGAUAUGUGGCGAUGAUCAACUCCUCCAACCUGACUUUCAUCCAGAACUUCACAGGGGAACAGAUGGCAUCUUAUUUUGGAUACUCAGUGGCGGUCAGUGACCUGAAUGGAGACUGGACGGAUGACAUACUGGUUGGAGCGCCCCUCUACAUGGAGAGGGAGAUGGAGAGCAAGCCCCGGGAGGUGGGAAGAGUGUACCUGUACCUGCAGCUGGGUCCACUCACCUUUUCCAAACCCAUUGUUCUCUCCGGCACCUACACCUUCGGACGCUUCGGUACAGCUAUAGCGCCCCUGGGAGACGUCAACCAGGACGGAUACAAUGACGUGGCAGUGGGCUGUCCGUUUGGAGGCGAGGACCAUGGAGGUAGAGUGUUGAUCUUUAACGGUAACAGAGAUGCAGCCACGCAAGGUCUGACACUGAGUCAAGAACUGAGAGCCGCGUCGACCCCCAGCGGCACUUUGCCAGGAUAUGGAUUCACUCUGAGAGGAGAGCAAGACCUGGACAACAAUCAGUAUCCUGAUCUCAUUGUGGGGGCAUUUGGCGCAGCCGAGGUAUCGGUGUACAGAUCUAGGGCCGUGGUGUCUGUGGAAGCUACGAUGACCCUGACGCCCAAAAUCUUGAAUCCCGAUGACAGACAGUGUCUCCUGCCUCAAACACAUCUCAUGGUUACCUGUUUGAAAGUGGAUGUGUGCGCAGACGUGAGCGGUGUUGGGAUCCCCAGCUCUGUAGAUCUGAGAGCUGAACUGCAUCUGGAUUGGUUGAAAGGCAGCCGCGGGGGAGUUAAGAGGGUUCUCUUCUUGGACACCCAGCAGCCUCAGCACACGGGGCUCCUGAGGCUCGGUCACAACCGACCACACGCAUGCCUGAGCUACAUGAUUUACCUAAGAGAGGAUGAUGAGUUCAGGGACAAGUUGACCCCCAUCUCGCUGGCCCUGAACUACAGCCUGGCUCCCCCUUCUGAGGACCAGACCCUCCCACCAGUUCUCAACCAGUACAGCAGCACCUUCCUCCAAGAGCAUGCCUACAUCCUUCUGGACUGUGGUGAUGACAAUAUUUGCGUCCCUGACCUCCGGCUCUCUGCCAGCAUGGAUCGCACAGAGCUGGUGAUUGGAGAUGACAAUCUGGUCACGCUGACCAUCACUGCAGUGAACCUCGGAGAGGGAGCCUACGAGACGUGGCUGUACGCACUGAUACCACAAGAGGCCGACUACAUCGGCGUGUCACGCAAGGUGGAGUCCCUCUCUGAGUUAAAUUGUGAGUACAAGAUGAUCAACGAGUCCAGGAUGGUGGUGUGUGACCUCGGGAAUCCGAUGGUGGCAGGAACAGAGCUGUCUGUCGGCUUGAGGUUUUCAGUCCAAAGGCUGGAAGAUUCAGGACCAAAAAUCAGCUUUGAGCUCCACAUCCACAGCUCCAACAAGGACAACUCUUCCAGCAACCUGGUCAGUCUGAAUCUGUCCAUUGUUGCCAACGCUAAGCUCAAUAUACGUGGGGUGUCUCAUCCCUCUCAAGUGGUGCUGCCAUUUCCAAACUGGGAACCUAAAGAGAAGCCCGUCAAAGAAGAUGAUGUUGGACCACAAGUUACGCAUAUUUAUGAGCUUCAUAACUCCGGUCCCAGCAGCAUCGCAGCGGCGGAGCUUCAGGUCGGCUGGCCUGCCCGUUUCCGCGAUGAGAACCUGCUGUACGCCAUGGAGAUUCAAACAGACGGUCCAAUAAGCUGCCGGACAAACACCAGCCUCAACCCCCGUGGGCUUGAGGUCUCCACUCUCCAGGACACACCUGAAUUACUUGGCUUCUUGCGGAACAGCAGCGCUCCUCCUCACCGCCACAAACGAUCUGUCAGCACGGCAGAGGGCUACAUCAGUAAGACCUUGAACUGCACCAACAUCUCUUGUCUGAGGAUUAUGUGUCUAAUUGGUCGCUUGGAUCGGGGUCAGAGCGCGGUGGUUAAGAUCCGAUCGAGACUUUGGGCACACACUUUCCUGCAGCGGCGUAACGACCCCUACAUUCUCAACUCCACUGUUGCCUUCACGGUCAUAUCCAUGCCUUACCGUAUUCAACCCCCAACCCUGCCUCAACACACAACCUCGAUGGGAACCCUGGUGUUAUGGGGGACUCCUGAUGUGUCGUUUGCUGUUCCACUCUGGGUCAUUAUCCUGGCCAUCCUGCUGGGGCUGCUGGUGCUGGCCAUGCUGACAUUGGCCAUGUGGAAGUGUGGUUUCUUUGACCGGGCGCGGCUACCAGUUGACGAUGACAUCUCCGACCAGGAGAAGCUGACGUCUGAUCAAACAGGGGAUGCUUAAGAUGACACGUAGCAGCACCCAGUCAGAGGUUUUGGAGGGAUGUGCACCUUCUGAAUAACUUAAAAUUCAGAUCUGAGAUCUGUCUUGGUUGGAAAAUCCAUUUCCUGGAGGUCUUCUGCCUUUUUGUGAAUGAAGCCGACUGAAAAGCGAAGCCUGCAGCGCCACGCAGACUGGGACCAGAACAAUCGGAUUCACAGCAGACAGAGAGGGACCAACAUACAUAACAGGCUAAAUCACACACACAUGUCCUUUUGUUUAUACGUUGCAAUGAAGCACCAGAACUGAAGACAGAGCGAACUUUUGUUUCAAGGACAAUGCUUUAAAUGUUUCUUGUUUUUGUGUCUUUGUAAGUGAAACGCAGAGACUUAAGGUCAAUGAACAAGUGCUUUUGUGAGCUUUUGAGAGUUUGUGAGCGUGUGUGUGUGCGUGCUUGUGUCUUUGUGUGCAAGUACUGUAUGUGUUUUAUUAAGCGCCACUUGUUUCAUAAUCCGUCCACCACGGGAUUCAGAAAAUCCCUGUUUCCAUUAAAUCGCGAUGUGUGCUGCAUAGUUCACACAGACUUGCAGUAAGAUGCAGCAACAUGCUUCAGCAAAACAAAGCAAAAAGUUACAAAGCUGAUGUGUAUAUUUAUGAAUGUAUGUGCAAUAUUUGGGCAUUGUGUGAUACUGAACUUGUUGUUACACUGGCACUAUUUUAUUAGAGCUUCAUGUCUCCGUGUAUGUAUAUACUGUAAUGAUCGAUUGGUAUAUUAGAUAAUUGAUAUUAAUGAAAACAAAGAAUUUUUACACUGAUUUAAGCCACCACUUAUAAAAGCAUUUCAAAAAAGACAAAAGGGAGGAAAUCAAUAACGAAUAAAUACCUGUUAAUGA